AUGAGGGCCUGGGCGGGACACCUGCCGUACUGGUAUCUCCCUUUCUGCAAAGCCUGCGGGUGGACGAAAUGGAUCUUAACCAUUCCCAAGAUCGAUAGCAGGGGCUACAGGUUGGACUUGAGUCUCCCCCGCGCUCAGAAGGCUUCAUAUCAACAGUUAAGGAUGAAUGGCCUCUCUCUCAGUGAGCUCUGCUGCCUCUUCUGCUGUCCCCCAUGCCCCAGUCAGAUCGCCUCAAAGCUGGCCUUCCUCCCCCCAGAGCCCACAUACAGAUUUCUACCAGAUGUAGACAGCAGUUCCCCCACCCCAGGGACCACUGGGCUCAGGGCAGACGAACGAUGGAAGCUCCACCUGACCGACCGGGCCGAGUUUCAGUAUUCACAAGGAGAACUGGACAUGACUGAAGUCUUCCUAACUCGAUCCAGCAGAGGCAACAAUGUGGCCUGCAUGUACAUCCGCUGUGCCCCCAAUGCCAGAUUCACCGUGCUGUUCUCUCACGGUAAUGCCGUUGACUUGGGCCAGAUGAGCACUUUCUAUAUCGGACUGGGGACUCGCAUCAACUGCAACAUCUUCUCCUACGACUACUCGGGCUACGGCGUCAGCACCGGCAAGCCCUCGGAGAAGAACCUGUACGCCGACAUCGAUGCCGCCUGGAACGCUCUCAGGAGCAGGUAUGGGAUCAGCCCAGAGAACAUCAUCCUGUAUGGACAGAGCAUCGGGACCGUCCCCACAGUGGACCUGUCCUCCAGGUACGAGUGUGCGGCUGUGGUCCUGCACUCUCCCCUCACCUCCGGGAUGAGGGUGGCAUUUCCUGACACCAAGAAAACAUACUGCUUUGAUCCCUUCCCCAGCAUCGAGAAGGUUUCCAGGAUCAGCUCUCCAGUGCUCAUUAUCCACGGCACAGAGGACGAGGUCAUCGACUUCACCCACGGACUGGCCCUGUUUGAGCGCUGCCCCAAGGCUGUGGAGCCGCUGUGGGUGGAGGGCGCGGGCCACAAUGACAUUGAGCUGUACAGCCAGUAUUUGGAGCGGUUGCGGCGGUUCAUCGGACAGGAGGUGGCAGCCCAGCACACCUGA